AUGGAGGGAACAACUCGGUGCUCUGCGAACUACGUUCCGCUGACUCCGAUAAGCUUCUUGGAGCGCUCAGCUUUGGUGUAUAGAGAUAAUGUCUCUAUAAUUCAUGGCUCUCUCAACUUCACAUGGAAACAGACCCGUGAUAGGUGUGUCAGCCUCGCUUCUGCUCUCUCCCUCAUUGGAAUCUUUCGUCACGACGUUGUUGCUGCCUUGGCUCCAAAUAUUCCAGCAAUGUAUGAGCUUCACUUUGGAGUUCCAAUGGCUGGGGCAGUCCUUUGCACGCUUAAUACCCGUUAUGAUUCAGCAAUGAUAGCAGUGCUGCUGAAACGUUCAGAGCCCAAACUCCUAUUUGUAGAUGACCAAUUCCUUGAUAUUGCCCAGGGAGCCCUUGAGAUUCUAUCAAGGUCAUCAGGAGCUAUCAAGUUGCCUCGGUUAGUUGUAAUCCAUGAUGAAGUGAAGCAAUCAUCGGAGGCCAAAAAACAAGGGAGUUUGGAGUUGGAGUUUGAGUAUGAGUCGUUUUUGGCAAGUGGAACAAGUGAUUUUGAGAUAAUAUGGCCAAAUGAUGAAUGUGAUCCAAUUGCUGUGACUUAUACUUCGGGCACAACAUCUACUCAUCCUAAAGGAGUUGUGUAUAGCCAUAGAGGAGCCUAUCUUAAUGCUCUGGCCUCAAUUCUUCUCAACCAUAUGACCUUAAUGCCGGUCUAUUUAUGGGUUGUUCCCAUGUUUCAUUGCAACGGUUGGUGUCUUCCUUGGGGCAUGGCGGCCCAGGGCGGGACCAAUAUUUGUUUGAGGAGUGUCACGGCCAAAGGAAUAUUUGACAACAUAGAUUUUCAUAACGUAAGCCACAUGGGUGGAGCACCUGCGGUUUUAAACAUGAUAAUAAAUGCACCAGAAAAUGUUAAGAGACUGGUUCCAAGAAAAGUGACGGUCAUGACAGGUGGCGCACCGCCCCCUUUUCAUGUUCUGUUUAAGAUGGAGGAGUUGGGAUUCGAAGUCGUUCACUCGUAUGGCUCGACUGAAACAUAUGGUCCGGGGACCAUAUGCAUGUGGAAGCCCGAGUGGAACUCUUUAGCCCCCGAAGCACGGGCGAAACUGAAGUCCCGUCAAGGAGUACACCACAUUGGGAUGGGAAUGGUGGAUGUUAAGGACCCUGAAACAAUGAAGAGUGUACCACAAGAUGGGAAAACACUAGGGGAAGUCAUGUUUAGAGGCAACACGGUGAUGAAUGGGUACUUGAAAGAUUUGAAAGCCACAGAAGCGGCUUUCAAAGGUGGGUGGUUUCGAACCGGGGACUUGGGAGUGAAACACCCUGAUGGGUACAUAGAGGUGAAGGACCGGUCAAAAGACAUCAUUGUUUCCGGCGGAAAAAACAUUAGUACGGUCGAGGUUGAGUCCGUGAUUUUUAGCCAUCCAGCUGUUCUCGAGGUCGCUGUGGUGGGCAAACCAGAUGAUCACAGGGGUGAAACGCCUUGCGCCUUUGUGAAGCUUAAAGAUGGAUAUAAAGUGAGCGCCAAUGAAAUUAUCAAAUACUGUAGGGACCGUUUGCCACAUUACAUGGCUCCAACAACUGUGGUUUUCACUGAUUUGCCCAAAACCUCAACUGGGAAGACACAGAAGUUCAUUCUCCGCCAAAGGACCCAAGCUAUAAUAUCAAGCAGACUCUGA